GAAACUCUCUGACACGGACAGAAGCACAGUGAUCGGUGCGGCCAAAGCAGCCGUGAAGCCCAAAACUGCCUUCCUGGGUUGCAACAUCAAGGUGGGCCAGGAUCUUCGUCUCUUCUUGCAGAAGCACCGCCCUUCCGCGCGCGAAGCUGAACAACUUUGCGUGCGCAGGGAGGAGCUUCCUUGUACAGGUGAUGUGGAAGGACUGAUCGAAGAUGCAUGCAGAUUAGAGCUGGGCGGCUUGCUGUCACAGGCUUCGAUUGUGCAGCUUGCGAAGAAGUGGCAGGUGCUAACUGGAAAGUGGCUGCUCUUUGUUCCGGAGUGGCGUGUUGAUGAAUUGUUUGAGCUGGCAGCCAAUCGUCUCCAUGAAGGAGACAUGCCAAGCUGUUCGCACAUUGUGGUGUCUCCACCGGGAACGUAUGGUACAGAUCCUGCGAAGUAUAUGUUGAGCGCGCACACCCCGGACUUCACCGACCAGCAAUCUGUGAUGUCGCUGGGGAAGAGCCUCCGUGCCGCCGCACGGAAUGGCCUUCGCUGCGUUGCUGGGGAUUGGGGGGAGCUUCGGGAUGAUCCUUUUGCCGCCCCUGGGAAGAAGGUUUCCCUGGUUUUCAAGCCGGACGUGUUCACGCGUUUGAACAUGCACAAGAAGAACGCGUACGGCAUCAAGACGACACUCCAUGUUCUGGACUUGUGA